ACAAGCGGUUUAGUUUAUGUUUGAACGUUGUUUACUGUGGAACUCGAUUCUCCCGCGGUGAAACUCAGUCGCUUUUGCCUUUCCCGAUAGAGUCUCCUGUAUCUACAUAUAUGUUCCAACUGUAGUGUGUACUGUGCGUUCAGUGGAGGAAAACUCCGGCAAUCGUUUUUGUUUUUUGGAAGGGGUUUCUCCGAUUCGAUUCUAAUUUUCGGGACGAGUGACGCUUCCCUUUUUCGGGAAUUGGGAGGGAAUAUCUUCGCCCGUAAGGAUUCCUUCGUUUUUUCGACGAACGUGAGAAGUGAGGCGCAAGGAUCUGCGAACGAAACAAGGGACGCAGAGCAACGAAAAGGAUCUCUGAAUUUGAUGGAAGUGAUGAAAAGUGUGCGUGUGUGAAAAAUCGCCUGCUGCACUGUUUUUAUGCGGAUUUUGUUCGGGAAAGUUUCUUCAGGAGAGUGAAAACGAAAUUUGGAGAAUUAUUUCACUUUUUUAUCAAUCACGAAUCGAUUACAAAGUGUGAUAAGCAACUAGGAUUAUGUGUUUGUGAUUUUUGAUAAAACAGCUUAUUGCGAAAAUAGCAUUCUGUAUUCCAUACUGAUCGAUUAGCGGACGAAAUAGUGCGUAGUUGUCUUCCCAUCUGGAGUUUUCAAGUGACGAAUCGUUCACGUGGAUAGUUGAAAUCGCUAAGGAUUACUCAUCAUAAGGACCGAAAUUCACGACCGAUACUCGAGCGUUGCAUUCGAUUGUGAUUGUAGUGACCACAACAGUAUCGUUACCGCGUGAACUCAAUAGCGUACAUGCGUACUGCCAAACAGGGUCUUGAAAACUAAAAAGAGAUUUCAUAAACCGCAUACCGUUAGGAACCAGCUACAAUCAUGGGUGAAACAGACGAUAAGGAUACAGCGCCGCCAACUGCACCCACAGAGAAGCCAACAACAGAAACACCUGCUGCCCCCGAGCCCCACCAUGAACCGGAAGCCGAUCCAAAGGAAACUGAGAAGCUACUGGCCACCCGCGAAGAAAAGACUGACGACAAAGAAACUGAGAAGCCUGCCGAUGAGAAGAAGCGAAGCAGCGAAAACGUGAACGGUACCGAAGAGAUUAUCAAUAUCCCCGAUGAAACAUCAACCGAAACGGUCAAAGUGGAAGACGAGAAGGCCAAAACGGACAAGCCGAACAAAGUACAGGCAGAAGAGCGAGAAGUUAAACCGAAAAAAGUCCCGGCCGGUGCCUUCAAACUCCCUGGAUUCUUCAACAAGGGCAAAGCCAAGGAAGCCGAUGGAGCCGAUAACGAACUGCUGGAAAAGCAAGAAACCGAUAAGGAUGCCAAGGCAGCGGAAGCGGCAGAAGAAAAACCAAAGCGUCCCGGAUUUUUCGCCAAUCUACGUCUGCGUAAUCCGUUCGCCAAGAAGCAGGCCGAGCCGGUGCCAACCGAGGAAACCAAAGCUAAACCAGAGGAAGAGGAGAACGAUGAAGUGACGGCAGAAGCCACCGACAAGAAGCCCGAGGAUGAAAGUGCAGUCGAGAAAAAAGAAGAGGCACAGGAAACCGAACAGGCACCGAAGAAAGGGCUGCUGGAUGCACUGAAAGUUCCACUGGCUAGCAUAAUCCCGAAAAGGUUCAAAUCCGCAACCGGAGAGGGCGAAGACGAUCUGGAGCUGGGAAAAAGACCAAAGAAUCGCGCCGGCUUAGCAUCGAUGGAAACUCUAGAUGAUUCGCUGAAGGACACCGAAACGAAGGAUACCGUAGACAACAAACCGGGUGCCAAUGGCACCGACUCGGAAGCACUGGUCAAACCCGAGGAGAAGAAAGACACCGAAAAGGAUGAGGCUGACGAACCGGCUCCGUCCAAGUAUCCCUGUCUGGAACGUAUUCGGAACUACAGGUGCACAGUUGACGACAUUGCCAUCAUCACCGGAAUUGUGGUGUUCCUGCUGCUGCUUGCCUUAAUCAUUGCCUUCACAUUCAUCGGCAAAUCGGACCCGGUCACCGCUCCGAUUCGAGACGGAAAGUACAUCGAAACGGUAACGUCAUGCGGUAAAGUUGAAGGUGUGCUGGAAGAUGGUGCAUUUGCGUUCCGUGGAAUUCCGUACGCCGUUCCGCCGGUUGGUCCGCUCCGUUGGAAGGCUGCUCAACCCAUUGACAAUAUCAACUACUGCUGGAAUGAAACACUGAAAGCGCACAACUCUACACCGGUUUGCUGGCAGUUCUACGCCGACGGAAAGGUUGAUGGUGCCGAAGACUGUCUCACCUUGGACGUCAUUACUCCAAAUGUGCGAUACGACAACCCACUGCCUGUAGUUGUUUUGAUCGGAGCUGAAUCUUUCACCGGUGAUUCACCCGGCAAGUUGCGUCCGUCUACGCGCUAUGCUCGUGCUCGUGAUGUAAUCUUUGUGCGGCCAAAUUUCCGCUUGAAUGUUUUCGGCUUUCUCGCUCUUGAACAGCUCACAAAAUCAUCUCAUCCACCAACCUCGGGCAACUAUGGACUUUCGGACAUAAUUGCGGCUCUAAAAUGGGUUCAGCUUAACAUUGCUCAUUUCGGUGGAAACCCUGAAUCCGUCACUCUUUUCGGGCAUCGUGCGGGAGGAACUAUGGUCGCUGCCUUGGCGUCAUCCAACAAGACCUCCAAACUGUUUGCCAGAUCUUGGAUCUCAUCUGCUGCCUCGAUCUAUCCUGGAAAUCCUCUACCAGAGUCAGAGAAAGCCAAUACUGCUUAUCUGGGUCGCAUUAAGUGUGAAAACGCAGAAUGUCUACGGGAUAAGGAGGAUGAAGAUGUUUUAGAUGCUGUUCCGGAUACUUGGAGAAGAAUCUUCCCUGAUCUGCCCUCCGUUGAAGAAAACGCAACAGCCAAUCAUGAGUGGCUCGUUUUGGACGGUCAUAUUCUUCAACAGCACCCUGCUGAUGUCUGGAGUACAGAAACCGGAAAGCUGAAGUACGUGAUCGGAACAACCGCUCAUGAAAGUCACUCUGAAAAACUGCAUCUCAAAUACACCGAAUGGACCCCAGAACUGGUUACGAAGCACGUCAACGAGAGCAAAAUUGGAGAACUCGGUCUCACUGAGGAAGCCCUGAAACGAUACAACGCCACGUAUCAAGGACUAGUUGCCAUGAUUUCGGACAUCCGUACCGUCUGCCCCUUGAUGACAAUUUCCCAGAAAUUACUCACUUCUCAGUUCUACGUAGUAACGCAAACCGGAGGCGAGCUUGGCAUAGCAAAUGUCGACUCGGACAUUCAGGCUAUUCUCGGCCGCUACGAGCCAAAAACUCCGGAACAGAGACGAUAUGUCUCCGCCAUUCAACAGCUGUUCUACCACUACGUCUCACAUGGUGAGAUCAAAUCUGAACUGCGACGAAAACUUCUCGACAUCGGUCAAGACGCACUGCCAACAUAUAACAGUGAGAAUUGCGAUUUCUGGAUCAAAAACGAUAUUGUUCCGCGUUAUGCGCGGCUAGAUUAAAGUGUGACAAUAGGGUAAAGAGUUGUUCUAAAUAGGCGUAACGCUAAGCAGAACCAGUUAUUUAAUGUAUCGCUCUCUCUCCCGUUUUCAUUUUCGAGCUGCAUAACAGAGCGGGACCAUUGCAUGGAAAUUAUAGACCCAGGCCAAAUAUUGGACCGUUUUUCUGCUUCCUACGCGAAUGGUAGCUUUUUGAUACGAACAGACUUUACAGUCGCCCACUUUUUACGGGCCAACCCUUUCCUCCUUUAUAUCUCCAGUAUUAGCGAAAUAUUAUCCUAAAACUAAUGAAUAAAACAUCAGUUCGUUUCAGAACGACCUCACUUUGACCAAAAAUAAUCAUGAGUAGAUUUCACAGCUCAUAAAUUACGCAUACUCGAACACAUUUAGGACAAUUUUUAAAUAAAAAUUCAACAUCUCUUUCGCUACUCAGUAAAAUUAAAUUCAUAAAAAAUGGUUGAAAGCAGCAACCAUAUUGAGAAGAAGGACAUCUGGUAAGCAAGGACUACACUGCGCAUGGUCAAAUUUGGCACCACUGGUAGGUCGAUUAGCGAGUGCACAAACCUAAUCUAACCUUAAUUGCUAAAUUUGACCAUUGUAAUUCAUUUUUACAUUCGAUAGUUGCCGUUGGCAAAGGUAUUAUUUUCAGAAUAAUUUAUUAGACACAAUGUUAAGUGGUCCAUCUUCUCGGUAUGCAAUUUUGAUUGAAUAAGCUAGAAUUAGCCAGAAACCGCAAAUUUUGAUAAUAGUUAGUCCCCAGAAUGGAAAAAUUACGACGCAUUAAAAGCUAAUACAAUGAAAUGGCUGUAAAAAGUUAUAGCUUUUAAAUAUUAUAAUUAUGAGACAUAUUGGAAUCGUAAUAUAUUAAACAAAUCUCAUUAAUUUAUAGUACAGCAAGAAGCAAGUGAAACACAGAGAACGGCAGUGGGAAGAUUCUCCAUAGAAGAGGAUUAUUUUCUGUUUGUAGGAAAACAAAAUCUCUCUUAAGAAAUGAAUGAAAACAGAUUAUCUAUAAACAGUGUCGGCAUCGGUUUAGUACGUAGCGCAUAUUGUUGUAAUUUAUACUUAUGAAUGUAACUUGUAAUUAUUGUGUACUAUUUCGCGCAUGCUUAGUUCCAUGACAAUUUAGUGAUCUUUUUAAUAAAGGCAUCUCCUCAGAUUUGCCCUCCUGAUUGGUAGUCACACGUUAAGGCAAUAGUUUUAAAGAGGCGGAAACAAAUACCUAUGCAUUUAAUUUCUGAGCAGACAAAUAUUCAUCCAUUAUUUUACAAUGAUCAGAAUUCUGGAUUAUCAUACGCCGUUUACUUUAAAUACAUAAUUUAUAAACAAAAAAAGAUUCAACAAUAGCCAUUGUUUUGUGUGAAAACUGAAAUACUCAGCUCAAUAAAACAACCUCCAUGGAACUCUUCCACCGGCACCCUGACAGGUUCAUGUGGAAGAAUGCAACAAUAAAUCCAACACUGAAUAUUAACAUUAAACAAUAAGAGAGGAAUGCAAC